AUGAGGCACAGACCGAGCGCCCAGUGGGGUUAUUGUGCGCGUGUGUGUGUGUUCGCGCACGGAACGCCUUCAAAGUUCAGUCGCACAUUCCGAUAGCGAGACAAGAGAUGUAGAAGCGGAGCGUCGGGACACGUGGAGGAGGAUUCCGUCUCUUCUUUCCCCCCGUGCCGUGUUAGGACUUCAGUGGCUCGCGAGGAGCGCGUUCCAGCGCAGAUCGUUUGUCCGGCAGCGCGCAGGAGCUCUUUGUGAAGAAGGUGCUGGGACCCUGGCUCUGUGAAGGGGGCGUCCACGCGUUGCAUAACAGGGUCUUGGUCAAGCCCUGGACCAUGGAAAUGAGACAGAGGAGAACCUGAUGGGGUCAGAAUGGAGGUUUUGAUAGGGUCGCUGGAAAGGAAGUUGCAGAGACCGCUCCUGGCCAAGUCACGGACACUUCCGAGCAUCCCUCAGUCCCCGACCGUCUCACGAGUGCACCGCUCGGACCUAGUGAGCGGCAGUCCUUCUCGCAGAAAACCUCUUUUCAGCACCAACCACCCCAAGGCGUGCACGCUGCCCCCUGCAGGAGAAGCGUGGAGGCUGGAGGACGACAACGACGAGGAGGGCGGCGAGGCCGAGGCCGGCCGACUGCGCGCCGAGGCCCGACCGCGCUCCCAGUCGCCCUUCUCGCAGCUCCGCUCUCGGGCCGCCUACCUGCGUAAGAGCGCCUCCGUGGACGACCAUCUGGGAUCGUCGGAAUUUGGGACGGCACCGGCGGAGAACAAGAGCCAUCGCGCCGGCAAGGGGAAGCUCAAGAGGAAGUUCAGCCUGGGAUCUGCAGACCGGAAGGAGACCCAACAGAAGAAGACAGAGUCUGGAAUCUCCAAGUUUACCCAGCGCCUCUCGCUGAAAGAUCGACACUUGAAGCCCGAGAAGACAGCGGUGGACCGACCGUUCUCAUACAGGAGACGUUCUCUUAGUCUUGACUGGGUCCACUCACCCAAGAUGACUCAGCAGAUGCGUGAGCCCCUUCCCGCGUCUACCAGGAAGUCGGCUAGCGUCUCUUCGCCCAGUGCUGCACGGCGCCUGUAUCGGAACCUCUCCGGCAAGUUUCGUGUGGGGAACCCAGGCGUGGAGGACGGCGUGGUGAACAACCGCGGGGACAAGGAACGCCUCUGCAAAUCUGCCAUGUUUCAGAGCAACGAGGCCCUGUUUGAAGCUGUGGAGCACCAGGAGCUGGACCUGGUGCAGCUGUUGCUCUCCCAGUACAGCCUGGAGGAGCUGGAUCUCAACACACCCAACAGUGAAGGCCUGCUGCCCCUGGACAUCGCCAUCAUGACCAACAACGUCCCCAUGGCCAAGCUGUUGCUGCAGGCCGGGGCAAAGGAAAGCCCGCACUUUGUGAGUCUGGAAGGACGCGCGAUGCACCUGGCCACCCUGGUUCGGGAGGCCGAGCAACGCGUCGCAGAGCUCACGGCCCAAGUGGCGAGCGAGGGGCCGGGGGAGCGCGAGACCUCUGACCGGGAGAGGCAACUCAAAGCCUGGGAGUGGCGCCACCGGCUCUUCAAGCGUAUGAAGACAGGGUUCGAGCACGCGCGCCCUCCUGAUGCUCCGUGCAACGUCCGGCUGUCCGUCUGCAGCAGCACCAGCCUCGUCGUCCAGUUCCAGGAGCCCCUCAGCGUCAACUCGGCUGUUGUCACAAAGUACAAGGUGAACUGGAGCAGUGUUCCAUCCAUGAACCCCCUCUUGGGUGAGAUAGUGGUGGAGGACACCAAGGCUCUACAGUGCAUCAUAACCGGACUGCAAUCGGGGAGCCCUUACUACGCGCAGGUGUCCGCGUACAACAUGAAAGGAUGGGGUCCCGCGCAGACGUCUGUCCCGGCAUGCGCUGUCCCCUCCAGCUGGAGGGAGAUUGACGGACGGGCACCGCGGCAGAGAGGCCAGAAGGAGGCGUUGGAUGAGCUCUUGGGACAGAUCAAGGAAGCCCACAGGCACUGCGUGUGCCACGAGCAAUGCAAGGCCCCCCCUAACGCGAGGAAGCACUCGGUCUCCAAGAGCCUGCGCCACCUUUUCCAGCCCACCAGCAAAUUCGUAAAAAACCUGAAGAGGGGGCUCUACUUGACCGCAGUGUUCUACAGAGAGGACAACAUCUUGGUCACCGCAGAAGAUCAGAUUCCUAUUGUGGAAAUCGAUGACUCCUACUCCAGCUCAUUGUUGCAGGACUUCUUCUGGUUUACAAAGGUAUCUUACCUGUGGGAGGACAUCCCUUGGCUGCAGCAGUGCCUGAACCCAUCUCAGUCCUCCUUCUCCUGUGCCCUGCAGACACGCCUUAAAAUGUUGCAGGCUGUGUCGCAGCUCCAGGGCAUGCUGGGAACCCAGCACUUGGGUCAGGUGUACUUCGAACCCAUCAAGGACAAACACGGCAACGCUCUGCUGGUCACCCUAAGAGACCUGAGCUCGGGCCCCAGUCUGGACGGUUCGCGCUGGACCCAGCUGUGCAGACUGCAGCUGCAGCGCAAGUCCAUCUCAUCCCCAGAGGAGCCAACAGCCCUGGACAUGCUCUUGAUCACCCUGCACGAGAAGCUGGCCUACCACCGGCGCAGCAGGAAGCUGCUCCCCCCAGGGCUAUACCUGGGCUACCUGAAGCUUUGCAGCACAGUGGACCAGAUUCGGGUACUGGUACCGCAGAAACUGCCCAACGUUCUGUGCCACGUCAAGGUCCGAGACAACAGCAACGUGUCGAGGGAGGAGUGGCAGUGGCUCCAGGCCCUCAGCUGCCUGGAGGAGUCCCUAGAGAUGGACCAAGACGUCCAGAGUGCAUCACACCGCUUCCUCCAAGACCUGCGAGCAGCUUGCAAGGAGCUCAUGGUCCACAUUGACAUCCCAGCCAGCCAGGCACAAGAGUUCCGCAUCUACACCCAAGAGGUUCUCGAGUUUGGAGAAAAUGUUUCCUUCCUGCUCCUGUUGCCCCCUUCCGAUGACGUGUGCACAGCCCCGGGGCAGAACAACCCCUUCUCUCCACGCUCCGGCUUCCUCACCCUGCCCCUGCAGAUAUUUGAGUUGGUCCACUUUGACACUUAUUGCCAGAGCUUCAUCGGCCAGUACUGUCGUGUGUCAGCCCUGCUGGAGCUGGAGUCCCUCAUGGCCCAGCAGACGCUGAGGGAGGCCUUCUCUGAGUCGGAGCUGCUUGCCGCCAAGCAGAAGCAUCAGCAGGUCCAGGAGCACAUACAGCAAAUGGAGGAGCUGUGGAGGGAAGCCCGCUGGAUCAUGGAGGCCCUGCAGUAUGCCCGCUACAAGCAGCCCUCAGGGGGCAUCUCUCUGAGUUGGAUCGUCGAUUUCUCCAAGGAUGUUGGUCCAGAGAAGCCGCGAUCCACAUCAUCCCAGCUCGACUUCCUCCCCUCCCCCAUACCGUCGCCGGAGACCGGCCGCAAGCACAAUGAUUUUCAUGGCCUGUCUGACGAAGAGGGCUCCUCCGAGGUCUUCCUCACCACGGACAGUGACUACGACUCCAGUCGUGCUCAGAGCCCCCGUGAGCUGGACCUUCUGCCCUCCUCACCCUGCUCUUCGGCCACGGAGCCGCAGGGUUGCCGCCGAGAGGUCUUUGGCGGGGUAGGCGGGGGCACCCUGAGGGGCUCCACGCCGGAUGUGCUGCAGGCUUCGGAGCCCCAAUCGGCUGAACCGGCGGAGCAGCGGCAGCGCAUGGCCGAACUCUUCGACAGCGACUUUAUCCUGCCCAGCCGGCAGAUCGAGCUCUUGCGCAUCACUGAGAAGCGGCAGGCCUUCUGCGUGCGCACCAGCAGCCUGGAGUUCCCCGCAGGCCCGCCGCCAUCUGCUUCGCCCAUCACUUCACCGCACCGUCGCUGGCACCGGCCCUCCUCCGUGGACCGUUGCUGCCUGGUAGACCGCUGCCCGCACCCACCCCCUGCCCGUACGCUCUCGGAGGACAGCGGGUCUCGGAGGUUCUCUGCCCUGUCUCCCGCAGCCCCCAGGAAGAUCCAGCAUGUUACACUCAGGGUGUACCCCCAGUACCGAACAGGCCUGCCUAAGGAAACAAGUGUCAAGCUGCGAGUGACGCAGCGCACCUCGGCCAGGGAGGUGGUCCGCCUGGUCGUGCAGGAGAUGAACGGGGUGUCGCGCAAGCUUCUGGGGACGCCCGAGCCGUUCGUCUACCCCGAGGAGCAGCUGGAGCACUUUGGCCUGGUCCUGGUGGUGGAAGACCGAGAGAAAUGGCUGCAGGAUGACUUCCGCCCCCUGGAGCUGCAGAACCCGUGGCUGCGCGGGAAGCUGUGUGUGCGUGUCAAGGAGUACUCGCCGCUGGCUCUGCAGUUCAGCCGCGCCACCACCGUAUGAGGCGGGGGGGGGAUCAGCCGACGGGAGCCGGGGCCUGAACGUGGGACUAGACCCAAGACUAUCCCAUGCGAGGUGGCAGAAGAACCCACCUCGGGCCCUCAUCCUUUGUGCGUUUUGAGUUUCUCUGCCACCGCGCCCCCCCCCCCGUACUGGAUGGGCGAGGUGAGGACACAUCUUCACCUUUUGUAUAAUGCUGUGAAAUUUACUCUCCUCCAACCCGCAAAAUCUUCCCAGGCGUCGUUUUUACUUUCACCUGGGCACCAAAUGAACAAAAAAGAAAUGACAGCUUUUAUAUGUGAAUGCUUGGAUGUAAAAAGGGAAAUAAUUCUGUUCUUUUUCAGCGUAAGUGAUACUCGGGUGAUGUUAAACCUUUCUACGGCAACAUUACCAAUGCUAGCUAACCAACUCCGAUAACCGCUUGUCCCGAGCAGGGUCGCGACAAGCCGGCACCUAUCCCGGA